AUGUUUGUGUACUUCUUUCUCGACCUGCCUAUUCUUACUAGUAGUGAUAGGCAGCACGUUACUAGCGUCGCGCCUACAGCUAGUGUGCGCUCCGCGUCAUUGAAGGAACGCGUCGGCAGCGUCUCCCCUCCUCCUCGCCUCCGCGCCACCUCAUUACCUCGCUGCCUCGCCUCCGCGCCUCCUCGCGGUAGCGCCACCUCCCCACCUCGCCUCCGCGCCUCUUCACGGGAGCGCCACCUCGCCUCCUCGCCUCUACGCCAAGUUUCCACCCCGCCAGCACGCCACCGCACCAGGGUGCCCUUCCCCACUUUUACUUUCCCACCCGUUCCUCUUCCCCCACCCCAUCACCCUACUUUCCCGCCAAUCCCUCUCUCCGCCGCCUUCGAGUUCGGCACCACAUCACGCUUCCUCCUCCCCCUCUCACUCAGCGUCACCGCAAAAACCCCUUCUCUCCUUCCCCUCCCCAGCCCUCCAUGCCUGCAGUCUCACUCUCACCUGACCCUCUCGACACCACCACACUCAUCCUCCUCUUUCAAUACCCACCACACCACUCAGCACGAGCAGCUGCAGCCCCGACCCUCGCAUCCUCGCCACCACGCCUCCUUGCCUCUAUGCCUCCUCGCCUCUCUGCCUCCUCGCCUCUCUGCCUCCUCGCCUCUCUGCCUCCUCGCCUCUCUGCCUCCUCGCCUCUCUGCCUCCUCGCCUCUCUGCAUCCUCGCCUCUCUGCCUCCUCGCCUCUCUGCCUCCUCGCCUCUCUGCCUCCUCGCCUCUCUGCCUCCUCGCCUCUCUGCCUCCUCGCCUCUCUGCCUCCUCGCCUCUCUGCCUCCUCGCCUCUCUGCCUCCUCGCCUCUCUGCCUCCUCGCCUCUCUACUCUCACUCCUCUACUCUCACCCCUCUACUCUCACCCCUCUACUCUCACCCCUCUACUCUCACGCCUCUACUCUCACGCCUCUACUCUCACGCCUCUACUCUCACGCCUCUACUCUCACGCCUCUACUCUCACCCCUCUACUCUCACCCCUCUACUCUCACCCCUCUACUCUCACCCCUCUACUCUCACCCCUCUACUCUCACGCCUCUACUCUCACGCCUCUACUCUCACGCCUCUACUCUCACCCCUCUACUCUCACCCCUCUACUCUCACCCCUCUACUCUCACCCCUCUACUCUCGCCCCUCUACUCUCACGCCUCUACUCUCACCCCUCUACUCUCACCCCUCUACUCUCACCCCUCUACUCUCACGCCUCUACUCUCACGCCUCUACUCUCACCCCUCUACUCUCACGCCUCUACUCUCACCCCUCUACUCUCACCCCUCUACUCUCACCCCUCUACUCUCACCCCUCUACUCUCACGCCUCUACUCUCACGCCUCUACUCUCACCCCUCUACUCUCAUGCCUCUACUCUCACCCCUCUACUCUUGCCGGUCGCUCUCAUCUGUGCCGCCUGUCAUCAACAACCUCACAUCGCCAUCUGGCAUGCACAUGCGGGUGGGUAUGGGUGUGCGCUCUUCCUCCCCUCUCUCCCCACUUCAUCCCCUAAUUCCUCUCUUCCACGCCUUGGCGCUCCCAAUCUGCCCUCUCACUUCUCAUUCCAUCCUCUCUCCUCCCUGCCCUCCAAUUUCCUCAAGGCAACCAUUCUCUCCUCUCUGUUCUGCCUCUUUCACCCGUGCCCUCGAUUCUCCUCAAUGGCGGCAGGCACACGGCCAAUUGCCCCACACUUUGCUGCCCCACACUUCUCUGCCCCACGCUCUGCUGCCCCACUCUCUCCUGCCCCACGCUCUGCUGCCCCACUCUCUCCUGCCCCACUAUCUGCUGCUCCACACUAUUAUGCUGCACCGUGCCCUUCUGCCAUGCACUCUGUUGCCCAACGCUCUGCUGCCCCACCCUCUGCUGCCCCACCCAUUGCCCCCACUCCAUCUUCGUUCAUCAUCGCGUGUUGA